AUGACAGACGGUGCAUCAACUAGUAACGUCUCACAAAAACCAGCUAUGAAAGACGAAGGUAAAUUUGUCGAAUUACCAAAUGCUAAAGAAGGUGAAGUUGUCGUACGAUUUCCACCAGAAGCUAGCGGAUAUUUACAUAUUGGUCAUGCUAAAGCAGCACUUCUUAAUCAAUAUUAUCAAAAAAAUUUUAAAGGUACAUUAAUUAUGCGUUUCGAUGACACAAAUCCAGCUAAAGAAAAUGCUGAAUUUGAAAAGGUUAUUCUUGAAGACUUAAAAAUGUUAGGUGUUACAUAUGAUCGAUUUUCACAUUCAUCUGAUCAUUUUGAUGUUUUAAUGGAUUAUUGUAAACAAUUGAUUGAAAAAGGUACUGCUUAUUGUGAUGAUACAGAACCAGAAGAAAUGAAAAAUCAACGUGAACAUCGUCAAGAAUCAAGUAAUCGAAAUAAUAGUGUCGAAAAAAAUUUACAAAUGUGGUCGGAUAUGAUUGCUGGAAAUGAACAUGGUAAAAAAUGUUGUGUUCGUCUCAAAAUUAAUAUGAAUGCUAAUAAUGGUUGUAUGCGUGAUCCAACAAUUUAUCGCUGUAAGCCAGAGGAACAUGUACGAACAGGAAAUAAAUACAAAGUAUAUCCAACAUAUGAUUUUGCUUGUCCGAUUGUUGAUUGUAUUGAAGGAGUUACUCAUGCUCUUCGAACAACUGAAUAUCACGAUCGAGAUGAACAAUAUUAUUGGAUUCUUGAUGCUCUUGGUCUUCGAAAACCAUUUAUCUAUGAAUAUGCACGUCUUAAUAUGCAGUAUACAGUAUUAUCCAAACGAAAAUUAACAUGGUUUGUUAAUGAAAAAAUUGUUGAUGGCUGGGAUGAUCCACGUUUACCAACUGUACGUGGUAUACUUCGACGUGGUAUGACUGUUGAUGGUCUUCGACAAUUUAUUAUUGCACAAGGUUCAUCACGAUCCGUUGUUUUAAUGGAUUGGGAUAAAAUUUGGGCAUUUAAUAAAAAAUAUAUCGAUCCAGUAGCACCACGUUUUAGUGCAUUAUUAAAAAAUCAACUUGUUAAAUUGCAUUUAAAAAAUGUAACUAAAGAAGAAUGUCAACAACAUCAAAAACAUCCUAAAGAUGCAAGCAUUGGAAUGAAAAAUGUCUAUUAUGGUUCAACUGUAUUUAUCGAAAAAGAUGAUGCAGUAUUAAUCAACGAUGGACAAAUUAUUACUUUGAUGAAUUGGGGAAAUGUUAAAAUCAAUCGAGUUCAAAAGAAGGAUUCCGGUGAAAUCGAACUGAUUGAAGGUGAAACUCAGUUAGAUAAUAAAGAUUUUAAAAAUACACUUAAAAUAACAUGGCUUGCUGAAACAAGUCAAGCACCAUUAACACCGGUGAAUUGUAUUCACUUUGAGAAUAUAAUGACUAAAGCUAAACUUGACGAAGGUGAUACAUUUGAAAAUUUUGUUAAUUAUGCAUCAAAGACUCAAUAUGAUAUUGUUGGUGAACCUGAUAUGGCACAUUUGAAAAAAGGAGAUAUUAUUCAAAUUCUUCGCAAAGGUUAUUAUAUAUGUGAUUCACCAUAUGAUGCUGCAACUAAACAACCAUGCUGUUUAUUCAAUAUCCCAGAUGGUGGUACAAAAGAGAAACCAACAUCGUUAAAAUCAACGGAUACUGCAGCUACAGCAGCAGCAGCAAAUGCUUCUAAUGAUAAAUCAAAAUCAGCAGCAGUAGUAUCAAGUCCUGAAGCAGAUAAAUUAGUCGAACAAAUUACUUUACAAGGUGAUAAAGUUCGAGAUUUAAAAGCAAAUAAAUCAACACCAAAAGAUGAUGUCACUGCUGCAGUUCAAGAACUUUUAUCAUUAAAAAAUCAAUAUAAAACAUUAACCGGUAGUGAAUAUAAACCAUCGAAUGCAUCAGCACAAAAAGAAAAUAAGAAACCAGCCGACGCCGCCGCCGCCGCUACUACAACAUCUUCAACAACAGUGACAUCUGCUGAAGCUGAUAAACUUCUUGAAAAAAUAACUCAACAAGGAGAUAAAGUGCGCGAACUUAAAACAAAUAAAUCAGCACCAAAAGUAAGUUCGAAACUGAUAAGAAUUAUUUCCGAAAAGUAG